AUGUUGUUCUCCGCGAUUGUCUCGACGAGCCUUAUGGCCGGCACGGCCUUCGCGGCCUCGCUCACGCAAGUUUCGAACUAUAAUAACAACGCCACGUCUAAGGCGCAGAUGUACGUGUACAAGCCGGACAAUGUAGUGGAGAACCCGCCGCUCGUAGUUGUCAUCCACUCGUGCCAAUCGUCGGCACAGUCGUACUUCCAGAACAAUGCGAUCCCGUGGAAAUCGGGCUCCGACAAAAAGGGGUACAUCACCGUAUGGCCGUCCUCGCCCAACAGCGGUACCUGCUGGGAUGUUUCGUCGAAGCAAUCCUUAACCCAUCUCGGGGGCGGCGACUCCCAGGCGAUCGCCAACAUGAUCUUAUAUGCGAUUUCCGAGUAUAAAGUUGACCCGGAACGGGUUUACGUCACCGGCGGUAGUAGCGGAGCCAUGAUGUCCAACGUGCUCGCAGCGACCUACCCGGAGCUCAUCAAAGCCGUGUCUCUAUAUAGCGGGGUGGCAGCAGGCUGUUUCGUCAGCAGUUCCGGCGGCGUCGACCAGUGGAACAACAGCUGCAGUGGCGGCCAGUCGCGCGCCACCCCCGAGAAGUGGAAGCAGGUCGUACUCGACAUGUACACGGGAUAUGAGGGGCCUCGACCAAAGAUGCAAAUCUGGCACGGCAGCGUCGAUAGCACGUUGGCGCCGCAGAACUAUCAAGAGGAGAUCAAGCAAUGGACCGCCGUUUUCAAUGUGAGCCAGGACGCAACUAGCACUGUUGAGAACAACCCGAAACAAGGGUACACCACCAGCAACUACGGCGACUCGGUCCAGGGCAUUUAUGCACAAGGUGUGGGGCAUAGUGUGCCGUCUAAUUUGACAGCUAGCGAGGCAUGGUUCGGCCUGUAA